GCAUUAGGUUGGCUUUUAGUUGCAUUAUCUACUGAGAAAAAUGCAACAACAACACAAUCAAUUGAGACAAUCUAUAAACAUAUCAAAGGUAAAGUAAGUGAAACUGCUGAAACAGCCAAUUUUAUAACAUCUUAUGGUGAUGAUGGUCAAUCUGUUAUGUUACAUUCUGAUCAACGAACCGAUGCUAUCUUAUUAGAAGCAUUAUUAUAUAUUGAUCCACAAUCAACACUUUGUACAAAAUUAUGUAAAGGUUUACAAGCACAUAAAGUUAAAGGUGCAUGGAAAUCAACACAAGAAAAUUGUUUUGUAUUGCUUGCAUUAGAAAAAUAUUUUCAUAUUAAAGAAAAAGAUACACCUGAUUUUAUUGCAAAUAUUUGGUUAAAUAAUGAUUAUUGUGGUCAACAUCAAUAUAAAGGCCGAACAACAAAUACACAUACAGUUGAUAUUCCAAUGAAAUUUAUUCUAUCACAAUCAAAUGAUAAGAAUUUAAUUAUGCAAAAAGAUGGUCAAGGUCGAUUAUAUUAUCGUAUUGCAUUGAAUUAUGCACCAACAAGUUUACAAUUAAAUGCAGUUAAUUAUGGUUUUAAGAUUGAACGAAGAUAUGUAGCUGUUGAUGAUUCGUCACAUGUUCAAAAACAAGAAGAUGGUACAUGGAAAUUUAAAUUAGGUGAAAAAAUCAAAGUUAUAUUAACAAUGACAACAACACAACGACGAUAUCAUAUUGCAUUAGUUGAUUAUUUACCUGCUGGUUGUGAAGCAUUAAAUACACAAUUGAAAGGUACAAUUACAGGUGAUACAGAUUCAUCUGUUACAAGAUCAAAUCAAUCUAGAUGUUGUCCAAACUCAAUUACUGGUUGGACUGAACAUGAAAAUUUACGUGAUGAACGUGCUGAAGCAUUUCGAUCAUUAUUAUGGCCCGGUGUUUAUGAAUGGAGUUAUGUUAUGCGCGCAACAUGUGCCGGAACAUUUAUAAUGCCACCAGCAAAAGCAGAAGAAAUGUAUUCACCAGAAAAUUUUGGUCGAUGUGCUACAGAAAAAGCUACUAUUAACUAA